AUGCCUCAAUCCAGUAUUAGGUUGCUAUUACUUGUUAUACUGCUGCUCGUCGCUAAUGCCGUCGACGGGGAUAUCCCCACUGGGCACUCUAUUGCUGAAGUCGAUGGAGUUCACCAUCUACUCUACCAAGGCGACAUUGUAUUGACAGCUGAACAAACGAAACAGAUGGUUACGGCCACAGACAGUGGGAAUCGCGUUGUUAGACAUCAGAUAAAACGUCAGGCCAUGGCAUGGAAGGAAUGGCCAUCAAAACUUUGGAAACAAGGAGUGAACUACUAUUUCGACUCAACCAAAUAUUCAGACCAGUUCUUGUAUGACGAUGUUAGCGAUGCAUUUAGAAAAGGAGCAAAAUUAUGGGAAAGUAAUACCUGUAUCAAUUUCACGGAAAAUCCUACGGCCAAAGACCGAAUAAAGGUGUAUCCGGGACAAGGAUGUCAUUCCUCUGUCGGCAGAGACGGCGGCGAGCAGUUGAUGUCGAUGGGAUAUGGUUGCACAUAUACAUACAUUACAGCUCACGAAAUCGGUCACGCCCUUGGAUUCGUUCAUACCCUUGCGCGUCAUGACCGUGACGACUUUAUCAAGAUCAACAAGGAAGCUAUUUCGAAUAAUAUGGAAGGCGAUUUCUAUAAAUUGGGACCAGACGCAAAUGAGAACUUUGGGUUGCCGUAUGACUAUGGUGACAUUAUGCAUUAUCCCGCAGACUAUACAACGUUCAACGGAGCACCGGCA